AUGCAGUUCAAAAGCCUCUUUUUCUCCUUUUUCCUUGUCCUGACCAUUGGGUUUGGACUCCUCGCUCACGCCGAGGAGGACAAAGUCCGCGGGCCCAAGAUCACGAACAAGGUCUAUUUCGACAUUGAGCAAGAUGGCGAAUCUCUAGGUAGAAUCGUGCUUGGCUUGUAUGGAAAGACGGUCCCCAAGACUGCCGAGAACUUCCGCGCUCUCGCAACCGGUGAAAACGGCUAUGGCUACGAAGGCUCAACCUUCCACCGUGUCAUCAAGAACUUCAUGAUCCAGGGUGGUGAUUUCACCAACCAUGACGGCACUGGUGGCAAGUCUAUCUACGGACAAAAGUUCGCCGAUGAGAACUUCAAGCUUCGUCACACCAAGAAGGGACUUCUUAGCAUGGCCAACGCCGGAAAGGAUACUAACGGCUCCCAAUUUUUCAUCACCACCGUCGUCACAAGCUGGCUCGACGGACGCCACGUUGUCUUUGGCGAGGUCCUGGAUGGCUACGAUAUCGUCGAGAAGAUCGAAAACACUCAGACCAAGCCUGGCGACAAGCCUGCCAAGGAAGUCAAGAUUGUCAAGAGUGGAGAACUAGAGAAACCUACUGAAGGUAGCCACGAGGAGCUCUAA